CAAACAAGCAUCAACAUAAGAUAUUCGUCGACCAGCUACGCAAAACAUCAGAAACCGUCAAACAAGUUACCCAGAUAUUGUUAACUCAUAAUGAACCGACCAGGUCAACCUCUACAGCGACCACCAAGUCUUGCUCCUCCAGCUGGUUUGUCGUCGCAAUUUCGGUCUCCCUACCCAACGUCGCAAUAUCCUCUACCACAACGGAGUUAUCCGACACCAACCCUUCAGCAACAAAAUGCGCACCGAACGCCUGCCAUUGCACCAGGGUCUAACGUCACAAGUUAUGCAACGCAGGCAGGGCAGAGUGGGUCAGGAGCUGCAGGUGCAGUGGCGCAGAGCAGAGAUUUUGGCCCCGAUGAUUUUCCAGCGCUGGGAAGUCAGGCAGGUCAACAGCCAUUAAGUGGCCAGAACUCGACUCAAUCGCAGAAUCCACCGUCUGGUGCUGAUCUCAGUGCACCACCCGGUGUGCCACCUCCGGGAGUAAGCCCGCAUGUGUCAAAUGGGACGCAUCAUAUACAUCCGCAUCAGCAUAACGCACACCCACAGCUGCAUAAUCCACAACCAACACAUAACCCACUUGUGCAGGCUCACCAUCAUCCACAGACUCCCGCACAGCAGGUGCUCAUGUCCGCAGCGGACCGGUGGGGCUUGCUUGGCCUGCUCGCAAUGAUUAAGAACGCUGGUGUUGAUGCAGAUGGAGGUCUGAGUAGCGUCGGUACGGAUUUAGGUGCAAUGGGACUCGACAUGGGUUACGAGGGAAACUUGUAUUCGACAUUUGUUACGCCGUGGGCAGAUCAAUCUGCAGCCCAUAGCGUUGAACCUGAUUUUCAUCUGCCUCCGUGUUAUAGCGCUCAACCACCGCCAUUAGGGCCAGCCAAGGCUGGAGCUUUCAGUGAUGAGACACUGUUUUUCAUGUUCUAUUCAAGUCCGAGGGAUGCACUGCAAGAAAUAGCAGCGCAGGAAUUGUGGAAUCGCAAUUGGCGAUACCACAAAGACCUACGGAUUUGGAUAACAAAAGAAAGCGGCAGUGCUCCAUCAUCAAAAAUCCCAGGGGGCGAAGCAGGAACAUACACAUGGUGGAAUCCCGAUGACUGGUGCAAAGAGCGCAAAGAGAUGAGCGUUCGCUAUGCAGACCUCGAGGAGAAGACAGUCGCAGCAUUCGUGAUGGGACCGGGCCUGGUGUUGGCACAACCCGGUCAGACCAUACCUGGGCAGCAGCAAGUGCAGGGUGCCGCAGGGCAGCAGGGAGGAGCACAGUCUGCUGGGCAAGCUAGGAUGCAAAUGGCGGGUAUCUAGGCUGGAGUGAUGACCUUAUCAUCGUAUUCGAUUCGCAUUUGUGCUUACGUAUUUUAAGUUCUGCUUCAUCGCCAUUUUUUUGUGAAGUGAACGAUUGUAUCGGCGAUUUCUGUGGCACUCGUGAAAAUAUUCUUCCGACUAG